GGAGAGAGUAAAAGCGGGAGGGUGGUGGAGACAUGGGGAGAGAAAGAGGACCUGGGAGGGAGAGAGGCGGGGAGAGGCAGAGUCCCAAGGAGAUCUGGAGAGACAGAGGAAGACACGGGAAAGUGGCAGAGAAGGAACCGGGGCACACAGCAUUUGGAACUCGUUGGGUUCCCAGAGGUUAGGGGAAUCCCCAUUCCUGUGUGGUCUCAGCCUUCCAGCUCUUCCAUGGUUUUCCCCCGGGGCUUCAAAGAGAAGAAGGAGGAGGCGGCCGUGGAGAGAAGGAGCUGGAGUGGGUGGGCGAGUCAGGGUUCUUCUCCCCAUCCUCCUGAGACAUGCCUCACCCGCCUUCCCAGGAUGCAGCAACAGGUGGAGACCCUGUGCUCCUCCACCGCCGGCAACCCCAGCAUGCACAGGGAGGCAGGAGCCUUCCUUGUGGACAUUGAGACCCUAGAGGAGACGCAGACUCGGAGCCUGGGCAGGCCUGUCAGAUCCUCGAAGCAGUACCUGCGUCAGGUCAUUGCAGAAUACGAGGCGCUGGACCGAGAGCUACCAUGCCUCCGGAGGUUUCCCACACCACCCGCUGCCCAGCCUCUCUGUCUGUGCAUGGAGACCUCACCCCAGGAGGACUUUACCCAUCUGGAGGUGCUGGAGGCUCUGGAGGCCGAGUUCCCCGGAGCCAUGGAGAGCGGGCGCGUGGCCAGUAUCCGUUUUGAAAAUACGAACGUCAUCUGUGGGACGGCGGGGUGCCGGGACAGGUGGCUCAUCACGGUCGCGGACUUCCAGACCCGCUCGCGUCUGCUGCGCUGCGGCCUCCGCCUCCGCGGGCUCGAGCACCCGCUGGUGCGCCACGACGAGCUGCUGCUGGCCGAUUACCGCCUGCACCUGCGCCGCUCCCUGGUCCGGCGGCGCAUGCUCGAGGCCCUGGGGGCGGAGCCGACCGCGGAAGUCUAACGCUCGGGGGGCGGGCCCCGGCUGCGCUUGCACGCCGCCCAGCUGGCUCGGGCUACCCACCCAGAACCCCCGAGGGUAGGGGGCGUUGCCUCCCCAGGAAGGAGGCGGGGCCGGCUCGAGGGGGGUGGAUACUGUGAGUUUAAUUAUAAAGAAUGACCUGGUACAAAAGCCAUUUCUCUCUGCAAAAUCUUGGUGGGGAGUCAGGGCGAGGGAGGUGACGGGGGGGGGGGAUGGGGGGGUAGGGAUGAACCCCCGUAAUAUAAUCCCGCCUCCCUCAUCUUCCCCCGGUCCCUGCAAACGGACGCCUGGGUCCCGAUCCCUUGAGGGAUGAACUGAGAGGCUCGCGAGAGGGAAGACCCGGGUGGGCGCCGGGGGCUUUCAACCCAUGCCAAUCCCUGUCUCAGCGAGAACCUGACGUCCUCAUCCUCCCCCCUCCUUUUUUCUUCUCCCACCCCCCUUGGAAGACAAUUCUCGGGCUUUUAUUUCAGGUUUUUUUUCUGGAUUUUUUUUUUUUUGUUGUUGUUGUUGUUGGUGUGUGUGUGUGUUCUAGGGUUUUUUUUUUUUUUUGUAUUUUGUAUUUUCAUUAUUGUUCCUCUUUUUGCUUUAUCCUCUCCACCCC